AUGGAGGCAGAUUCAAGUCAAUUGGCAGAAGCAACAGCAGCUUAUAACUUGGAAGCAGGUGAAGAAGAAAGAGACCCAGAAAGCAAUACUCUUCAACAGCCACUCCUCAAGAGAAAUAGAACACUAUCUUCUAGUCCACUAGCCUUGGUUGGAGCCAAGGUCUCUCAUAUAGAGAGUUUGGAUUAUGAGAUCAAUGAGAAUGAUCUUUUCAAGCAUGAUUGGAGAAGCAGAUCCAAAGCUCAAGUCUUGCAGUAUAUAUUCUUGAAGUGGACAUUGGCCUUUCUUGUAGGACUUUUAACUGGACUGAUUGCAACCCUCAUCAAUCUUGCAGUUGAGAACAUUGCUGGUUACAAACUCCUUGCUGUGGUUCGCUUCAUAAAGAAUGAAAGGUAUUUGACGGGGCUAGUCUAUUUCACAGGGGCUAAUUUUCUAUUAACCUUAUUUGCUGCUGUACUCUGUGUGUGUUUUGCACCAACUGCAGCAGGGCCUGGUAUACCUGAAAUCAAAGCCUAUCUCAAUGGAGUUGAUACUCCUAACAUGUUUGGUGCUUCAACAUUGAUCGUUAAGAUAUUUGGAAGCAUAGGAGCCGUCGCUGCUGGACUUGAUUUAGGGAAAGAAGGGCCUCUGGUGCACAUUGGCAGCUGCAUUGCUUCCUUAUUAGGCCAAGGGGGCCCUGAUAAUUACCGAAUCAAGUGGCGCUGGCUUCGUUAUUUCAACAAUGACAGAGACCGCCGAGAUAUCAUCACCUGUGGUGCUUCCUCGGGUGUUUGUGCAGCUUUCCGUGCCCCAGUGGGUGGUGUCCUGUUUUCUCUUGAAGAGGUAGCAACAUGGUGGAGGAGUGCACUCCUCUGGAGAACUUUCUUCAGCACAGCAGUAGUGGUGGUGAUCCUCAGGGGUUUCAUUGAAAUCUGCAAUUCUGGUAAGUGUGGGCUAUUUGGAAAAGGAGGGCUGAUAAUGUUCGAUGUGGGCGAUGUCGUGGUGACAUACCAUGUGAUGGAUGCCAUCCCUAUCACCAUAAUUGGCAUACUCGGAGGACUGUUGGGAAGCCUCUAUAAUUACCUUCUCCACAAAGUCCUUGUAGUCUACAAUCUCAUCAAUCAGAAGGGAAGAAUACAUAAGCUCCUUCUUGCCCUAAGUGUUUCAAUCUUUACCUCAGUGUGUCUAUAUGGCCUCCCUUUCCUUGCCAAGUGCCAACCUUGCGAUCCCUCUGUAUCAGAGAUCUGCCCUACUACUUCCCGGUCAGGCAACUUCAAGCAAUUCAACUGUCCAGAUGGCUACUAUAAUGACCUUGCUACUCUCCUUUUCACGACAAAUGAUGAUGCUGUUCGAAACAUCUUCUCUUCCAACACUCCUAGAGAAUUUCAGCCUGCAUCCCUCCUAAUUUUCUUUGCACUCUAUUGCAUCCUAGGACUAUUUACCUUUGGCAUUGCUGUGCCUUCUGGACUUUUUCUCCCUAUCAUCCUUAUGGGCUCAGCUUACGGCCGCCUGCUUGGUAUUGCCAUGGGAUCCUAUACCAAAAUUGAUCAAGGGCUUUAUGCUGUGCUUGGUGCAGCCUCCCUCAUGGCUGGAUCGAUGAGGAUGACAGUUUCACUCUGUGUGAUUUUCCUUGAACUCACCAACAACCUCCUAUUACUUCCCAUAACAAUGAUAGUCCUCCUUAUUGCCAAAACUGUUGGAGACAGCUUUAAUCCAAGCAUCUACGAAAUUAUACUGGAGCUAAAAGGCCUGCCAUUCUUAGACGCAAACCCUGAGCCAUGGAUGAGAAAUCUCACUGUUGGUGAGCUUGCUGAUGCCAAACCACCAGUAGUCAACCUCUGUGGAGUUGAAAAGGUAUCCCGGAUUGUGGAAGCUCUCAAAAACACCACGCAUAACGCAUUCCCAGUUGUAGAUGAUGGAGUGGUGCCACCUGUGGGACUGACCAUUGGGGCAACAGAAUUACAUGGCAUGAUCCUGAGAGCUCACCUAGUUAAGGUCCUGAAGAAAAAGUGGUUCCUGCCAGAGAAAAGGAGAACAGAGGAAUGGGAAGUAAGAGAGAAAUUUGACUGGGUUGAGCUAGCUGAGAGGGAGGGAACAAUUGAAGAGGUGGCUGUGACAAGGAAUGAGAUGGAAAUGCAUGUUGACUUACAUCCGCUCACCAAUACAACCCCUUACACUGUCGUGGAGAGUAUGUCAGUAGCAAAAGCAAUGGUGCUCUUCAGGCAGGUGGGACUUCGCCAUAUGCUCAUUGUUCCCAAGUACCAAGCAGCUGGGAAUCCUCCAGUGGUUGGGAUACUGACCAGGCAGGAUUUAAGGGCACAUAACAUCUUGCUUGCCUUUCCUCAUCUGGCAAGAUCCAAGGGCAGAGAAAAGAGGCACUAG